AUAUACCAUCUAUCCGUACAUUCCUGUAGACAAUACGUAGGCACGUAAAUCUCCCAUAUAUAUGUAUACGUGCAUUAAUUUUUUACGUAUGUAUGCGUAUACGAAUUUCGCACAACACAUCGGAGAAAUUCUGUUCGACGUGUGCUUGUACAAUAUUUUUAGUUUGGACAUUAAUACACGUGUAACGUGGUAGCAUAUGCAUGCUCGUGCAUGUGUAUAAAAUUAUCUGUGGAAAACAAAAUUCCGUUUUAUUGUAACCAUUUACUCUAUUCUCGUUCACUAGCCUGGUUGUCGUUGAAACGUUCUCGCGAAAGAUUUUUUGGCGAGUAGUAGAAUUUUUCUGUCACUGGGGGGAUUCUCUUAUUUUGUGUGUUAUUUCUCUUUGUGGAGGAACUGCGAUGGUAAUUGUGUAUUUGUAAUAGAACGCGCGACAUCGAUCGGACCGAUUUCCGUUUCGGAGUUCCGCGUAUAUUUACGAUAUUUGAUUAGAACGAAUUGUUUCAUGGUGUUUGUUAGUGCGCGUGUCGACCAUUCAUAAUGCAUUCGAGUAUCGAAUAUUAUUUUGCGACAAGUUGUAGUGUUGGAUCUCCAUUGGCAUGGAGCUAGGAGCACAUUAAUAGUGAUAGUCUACAAGAUCUUGGUUUCUAUGCAUUGCCUGCCAAAGAAGAACUGAGCCCAAUGUUUCCACACAAUUCUAGUUCACAUGAGAUUUCUACAGAAACAAAUGCCUUCGUACAAAAUUCCAUGGGGGAUGCAGUAGUAUUAGGGAAAAACAGUCCGAUAGGGGUGGGGAAGGGAAAAGAAUCAGAAAAUGCUAGGUACUGUGAUAUCGAAUUCAUAAACAACAACACGAUGGUAAAACCUAUUAACCAUCUUGGAAAUACCGCCGCCAAUGACUUUUUAACCGUCCUGUUGAGCCAAACUGGCAAGUCCAUCUUGACCAGUCGAGGCCCGACCUGCCAGUCAGUGGCGUCGUCAACCACAAUACACCCAACAAAAAAUCACUUUCUAACUUACGAUAAUAAUAAUAAUCCUACACUAAAUAAUCGCUCAAGACGAGCCGAACAUAAUCAUCAAGAUGAUCGAAAAACAACAGUUAAUGCAACAACAAAAAGAAAACAACCGGGCUCGCCCGGAAAACAAAAACCGGGCAGCUCCGCCAAUAACUCUAAGUCUAUAUCUAAGACACUAAGUGAUAAUAAGAUUAGCUGUAGCGUAUUAAACAUUAGGGUACUAAAUAUAAGCAUAAAUCUACGAUUAACAGGGGAUAAGUGCGCAAUCGGUGAAGGGGUACCUAGCCUAGUUAGGAUACCCAAGUCUGAUCGCCCCUCAUCAGGCCACUUCUCUCUCGACUCUCUUGACAAUUACUCCUUACUAGGGUCCUGCCUUCAUCCGGGCAAAUACAAUAACAUUAAGUCUAAUUCUAGCUUCGUAAGUAAUAAUAACGAUAACUACAAGUCUGUGAUAUUGCUCAGCUCAACCAGUAACCAUUAUUUCCUCUGCGUCGAAAUGGACAGUGGUGCGAUCGCAAUGAGACUAGGAGCCCGUUUCAAUCCACUCAGAUUCUUAGCGAACUCUUCUUUCGACGGUUUAUUGUUACACAAAUCGUUUCUUUUUCAAUCGCAGGAUGAACACCGUACAAUUAUGUAUAUAUCCUCGACGAGUGAUCGGAUCAUUAAAAUUAAGCGCUCUUCGGCGGGAUUCAUGAUUAAAACGAAACUCGUCCCUCGUGAUUUCGAUCAAGAAGGAUCGCGGGAAUUGUCUUUGAUAUGUUUAAUUAAAUUUGUUUUCGAUCACGUUAAUAUCCCGAAGUGCGUAUCACCGUGUCAAAAUCAAAACAUGGCCGAAUUUCUCUGUAUCGAAAUGGAGUUCGAAAACCUACAAAACAUUGCAAACGAUACAUCGCGUGAUUUAACAUUUGACGAUAUUCCUUUAGCCGAUAUUAAUCAAGAAAUUCUAAAAUUUCUAUUCACAUAUCUAUUUUUGAAAAACGAAUCUCGCCUUCUGUUCAGCCUGGGUAUCGCGAGGGAGUUGUCAAACGAAGUUAACUUCUCGUACGGGGAAUUGGAGCGACAACCUUCGCGCGUACUUAGCGAUCUUCUCUUGAGUAGCGCGUUCUCAAAAGUCAACAUUUCGUCCAUGAUAAUCGAAUUUUUUCUUGGGGACACUAACGAUACGAAUAAGGAAUACUUGGAGAAUGUUACGUCGUACGAUAUAUCUGGUGUUAACAAUAAUAUCGCGCUGGCACACAUUGAGGAAAACUAUGUAAAAAUAUCAAAGUUGCCUUUAAAUUUCGUGAUGCUAAAGAAAGUUAAAUUAAGUGAUAGAUCGUCGAACGAAGAAUCAGAUUCGAUUAAGGAAGGGAAAAACGUGGCCACCAGUUCUUCCAUUACGCUUAUCGUUCCCGGAAACGAGCUAACUGACCAGCCUCUGCGACCUCUCCCAUUGAGAAACGCGCCGAAACGCGCACAAUCCUCUCCUCCAUGGCUCGACCUGGUCGCGAGCGAGCUGACGCAACGCGCAUGUGUUCCAUUCUCGUUAGAUCGUAAGCUUUAUGUGGUUAAAUUUAGGUAUAAGGUGAUAUGCGAUUUUAGUAUUAUGUGGAAGGGGAUACCGAGCCACGAGACUAGCUACGAAAGGACACAUCUCGAUGUCCACUACUCAAACGUUACUUUCAACACGAAUGUGAGAACAUUGGCCCGCAAACCUCAAGAUUUUAUCACGACGAAGCCAUAUUCGGAGAUCGAAACACUCUCAAACAACCACGGAACAACAAAUCGUGAACUUGUCAACUUCAAUAAACAUAUUCCAGCAUCUCUCAGCAAACCAUCGGCAACGGUAUCGACAACGACGAUUUAUUGUAAAACUUGGACUGGACUGUUCACGGAAAUAAUUGCAAACAUAAACAGCGACGAUUCGACCUCAAACACGCAAACAUUGGAAAAUUUAUUAAACGCAACCACUUGGAAGAAGCCGAGCGAUAGAAUUUUGGUCUCCAUCGAUACAUCUGCACGAAAUUCGUACUACUCGUUUCCGUAUGAAAUCUUUGGCGCGGCGUAUUCGAAAGCCUCGACUUUGACGAAGGAAUAUCCAAACGCUUGGUUCGUAAUAAGAACAUCGGAAACAAUAAUUUUGAAUAUAAAUGAAAGGAUGGCGGAGAUGUUGUCCUGGGGAAUUAAUAGUAUUAGUAACGUGGCAACAAUUACUGUUGGUGCUCUUUCAUUUCAGGAUAAUGUUAAGUCUAACGAGCCCGUGGGCGCUUAUUUCGCGAACUAUAGGUACCCGGGGUCGUGCGUGCGUCUGGACCCUGGGUUUGUUAAGUCUCUUUCUAAGUCUACUAUAGGGGAUAGAUAUAGGGUUAAGGGGGAGAACCAAGCCGAGUUCGCUCUCUACAUUCCUACUACGACUACCUGCAAGCCUACGAUGACGCUUAAACGCCAAUCUGCAUCCCGAAUAAUCGGUGUACCUGGAUCUCGGCCGAAAUACUUCGAGACAUUAUGGCCCGACCAAAUGCACACUCCUCACGAUUUUUAUGACAGUCUGCCGAAGUGUUUAACGAGAUAUCGCAAUGAUUCUCUUCCUGGGGGCGAAUACAAAGAAGACUCAUUGAGAUGUUUCGACUGCUUUAACGAACAAAUCAUACGCCGAAAUGCUGCUAAGAAUGUUGACCGUAAUCAACUGGAAAUGAUCAAAUAUCGUACCGCCGUCUAUUUGCAUGGCGAUCGACAUGCUAAAGCAGGGCUAUCUCGUUUACGUGGAUUUGAGGGGUAUGAUAAUUGCCAAGAUACGCGCGAGCUAAUAGAAGGGAAUGUUUCUAUUGUUUCAUCGUACUCUAGUUCACCGAAACGAACGAGGUUAAGAUAUCAAGUUUUUAUCGACGUGAUGAAUGAAAACGUUUCUCUAGAAAAUCUCUGUGAUGUAUAUCGAUUUAAAGAGACGUACAAAAUACACCAAAUUAUCGGAUUUGAUGUUGAGAAUAUUUUCGCUGGAAGUCCGAUCAAUUCUAAUCAAAUCGCUCUUAUCAGUUCGAUGUUUCAAACUGCCCAAUACAUUGACAAUGAAGGAUUUAAUGUAAAUUCCCCGGAUACGAAGAAGAUGGCCGUAAUUGUGAUAAACCUCCGCGAUUGCGAUCAAUUCGAAGAAUGUCAAACUCAUGUCUGUGCAACGAACAGCCAGUGCUUCGAUGGAGAGAGGAUUGCCUCAAAUCGAACGGAAUAUAUCAUGCCUGCGGGGAACGCGAUUUCCGUUGAUACGGAAAACAAAGAAAUCUCUGCGAGCAACUCCAGCCGAGGCCACCUCAUCGAUUGCGCAAGGAAUCUCAUUGCAGCGUCCGUAGGGGUUUCCAAAGAUGCUCUACAAGCUCUAAAAUAUGAUCUUAAACACGUGUUAACUCUCCUUUUCGGAUCGAUCUCCAAUAUAGACGAUCCCAGUCUAGAGUACAGGAAGAGGUGGGGGAUUUCCAACAUACUUAGACUAGCUGGCGGUGGUGAAAGUUCAUUGAACAAUGGUGGAGCUGCAAAUUGGGGUUCUGCGCAGACCAGCGCUACAAAUAAUAAUAAUAGCAAUCAAUCCACGUGGGGAGGGACUUCAGGGAAUCCUUCUGGGAACAGUGGGACAACUGGAAAUUGGUCUGGGAACAAUGUAAAUAGAUCUGCUGCUGGCAAUCCAACGAAUCAAAAUCAAGGACCACUCAGUGGACAAAACGUUCCGGGUAACGUAAAUAAGAUGAAUAAUCCAAAUCAGCAAGUGAAUCAACAAUCAGGCCCACCGACUUCUCAAUCAAGCAGUACAAAUCAGGGUGGUCAGAACAAUAACCAAUGGUCGCACGGUAAAUCCAAUUCUGGAGGGCCUGGCCAAAACCCUUCUGUCCCAAAUAAUAACAAUAAUUCAGUGCAACAACAACAGCAACAGCCGCCAAACUCCAGUAGCAAUAAUAAUCAGACGAAUAAUCAGGCGAAUAAUCCUGCUCAGGGAUCCGUUAACAGUAGUAAUACACCUGCUAGUAAUAAUCCUUCGACAAAACAACAACUGGAGCAAUUGAACAUUAUGAGGGAAGCACUUUUCAGUCAAGAUGGCUGGGGACGUCAACAUGUGAAUCAGGAUACAAACUGGGAUCUUCCCACAACUCCAGAGCCUAAUACGACGAAAGAGGCAGGUCCUGUGUGGAAGCUGCCAGUAAAUACCGGUACAGACCUAUGGGAAACCAAUAUCAGAAACGGUGGUCAACCACCGCCUCAACAACAACCAAAAACCCCUUGGGGUCAUACUCCAGUCACAAACAUUGGUGGAACUUGGGGCGAAGAUGACGAAGCUGUCGAUUCGUCAAGUAUGUGGACCGGCGCUCCUACAUCUUCCCAACCAAACACUGCCGCUGGACAAUGGACAACCAGUACCGGUAAUCAAACCGGUAUGUGGGGAGGAUCUAAUUGGGGUGACCCAAGAAUCGACCAUCGAGAUCCUCGAGAUCUUCGUUCUGUCGACCCCAGAGAAAUGCGAGAUCCUCGUGAUCACAGAAUGUCCUUGGAUCCUCGAGAGCACAUACGUGUGAUGGAUCCAAUGGCUCGAGAUCCCAGAAUGGCGGACAUGCGCGGGGAUCCUCGAGGAAUUUCUGGAAGAUUGAAUGGCGCCAGCGCGGACGCCAUGUGGGGCCAACCACCAGGUCCUCCGCAUCAUCAGAUGGGACAUCAACAUCCUUCGGGACCACCGGCAAAGAUGUUGAAUCCUUCGAGUAUAAAUCAGUGGGUUGCCCCGCCGCCAAAAGAUAUUAUGCCUGGGAAACCAUCAGGCUGGGAAGAACCUUCUCCACCCACGCAAAGAAGAAGUGUUCCGAAUUAUGACGAUGGCACUAGUUUAUGGGGAAAUGCUGCAGCUAAUCAGAGGACUAUACCUGGAAGUAAAGUUUCUCAUUGGAAGGAUCUUCCGACACCAAAUGUAGCAAGAGGAGGAAUGCCGUGUCCCCCAGGUAUGCCGCAAAACAGAAUGCCAGGUCAACCUGGAAUGAAACCAGACGUUAGUGGACCAAUGUGGGGUCAUCCUGGUGCUCCCGGCGGACGAAAUGGUAGCUGGAGCGAAGGACCACACGACACAGGUUCAUGGGAUGAUCCAAAAACGCCAAGUACCUGGAACGAAGCUCAGUUAAAUCCUGGCACUUGGGGUGGACCUAGUGCGCACAAACCCAAACCUAUGGGACCCGCUGUAAGCUGGGUUGAUACUGAUAUGGAUCAUUCUCCUAGUUGGGGUCAUCCUACAAAACCUACUCUUACAAAGGAAGUUAUAUGGAAUAGCAGGGAAUUUCGAUAUCUCUGUGAUUUAGGAUUUAAAAAAGAUGAUGUGGAACUGGCACUGAGAAAUCGUGAAAUGAAUAGAGAGGAAGCUUUGGAACUUUUGAGUCAGUUGCGGCCUUCAGAUCAAUGGAGAAGACAUGAUGCACACUCCACCUAUGAUCCUGCUAAUCAAGCUACAACUGCACCAGCAUAUCCUAGAUUUAAUCACGUCGCACAGCAGAUGUCUUUUCCUCCGGGUGCUGGUGUCGCAAGUGGAAAUACAACCAGUAGUGUAGGAGGAUCAGUUGCUAGCGCAAGUCUAUUAAAGCUACAACAACAGCAACAACAAACUGCUGUUCCGUUGCAACAACAGCAACAACAGCAGCCUGGCGGCAAUGCACCGCAGCCACCUUUCAAUCAGGCUUCUAGAACUCCUCAAAAUCAACCAAGUACUCAACAGCUGCGCAUGUUAGUGCAACAAAUUCAGUUAGCCGUCCAAGAAGGUUACUUAAAUCAUCAAAUUCUAAAUCAACCACUUGCACCUCAAACUUUAAUACUUCUGAACCAAUUAUUGCAACAAAUAAAAGUUCUGCAGCAACUUCAUCAGCAACAUUCGGUGCAAAGUACAAUGAAGGGUAAUGGCCAAUCAGUUCUGCAGAUUAGUGUACAAAUUACAAAGACAAAGCAGCAAAUCGCGAAUUUACAAAAUCAGAUUGCUGUACAACAAGCUACUUACAUGAAGCAGCAACAACAGCAGCAACAACAACAACAGCAACAACAGCAACAGCAACAACACCCAGUGCCACCGUCUCAGAGCUCGGAAUAUUAUAAAAGCUCUGUGCAUGAUCCCAUGUCUGCACUGCAAAACAGUUUUACAGAAUUGACUAUGAACAAGGAGCCCCCAAUCAGUCAGCAACAAUCAAGGCUUAACCAGUGGAAGUUACCUUCAUUGGACAAGGACGGAGAGUUAGUUUCGAAUGAAUUCUCGAGGGCACCAGGAACAACUAGUAAGCCAGCAGCAACAUCGGCUGGUUUGACACAAUCACACAGUAGUCCUAACAUGAAUCCUUUGUUGGGUCAAGGAGAUGGUACAUGGUCAACCAGACUCGGAGACAGUGGGUGGCCAGAUCCAGGCAAUACGGACUCCACUGACGGAAAGGAUUGGCAGCCAACUGGUGCAGCUGCUUUCACUGACCUUGUGCCUGAGUUUGAACCUGGCAAGCCGUGGAAGGGUACCCAGAUGAAAAGCAUCGAGGAUGAUCCAAGCAUUACUCCCGGUUCAGUGGUCCGUUCACCACUGUCUUUAGCAACGAUCAAAGAUCCGGAUGCUCUUUUCUCUUUAAGUAGCAAAACGUCUCCACCGCCGCAACAACCUACCAAUCUUGAUACUUCGAUACCAAGUUUGAGUAAUUCUACAUGGACAUUUAAUCCACCUACUACUACGCCGAGUGCAUUAUUUACCAGCUCAAAAAACACUUGGGGCGAGUCUGCACCACCGCCGACUGCGGUCACGUCGGAACUCUGGGGAGCCCCAAUGAGUAAAGUACGUGGUCCACCGCCAGGCCUGAGUAGCAAAGCCACCGGAAAUACGAGCAACGGCUGGGCAGGCUUCGGCACUGUCGGUAGACCGUCUAGUUCUUGGGGCUUUCAAUCAAGCACAAACGCUGGCUGGGUUUCCACUUGGUUACUACUGAAAAAUCUGACGCCUCAAAUCGAUGGUUCUACGUUGAAAACCCUUUGUAUGCAGCACGGCCCUGUUCAGGACUUUCGCUUAUACCUUAAUCAUGGAAUUGCAUUAACCAAGUAUUCGUCAAGAGACGAGGCUAUCAAGGCACAAGGUGCUCUAAACAAUUGCGUCCUGGGCAACACGACAAUUUUCGCAGAAUCGCCAGCCGAUAGCGAGGUACACACUCUCUUGCAACAACUAAGUCACGGAGGUCAACAGCAAGCUGGAGCAACAGCUGGAGCAGGCUGGGGCUUGCGACCAUCGAACAAAACUGGUCCUCCACCCGACACCUGGGCCGGUAGUUCCAGUCAACUGUGGGGUGCUCCACCGAGUAGUAAUUCUCUUUGGAGCAACGCUGGCAUCGACAGCAACGAUCAACAACGUGCUACGCCCAGUUCUCUGAACUCGUACUUACCCGGAGAUCUUCUGGGAGGUGAGUCGAUGUAGAGUGCCGCACGGAGGAGCGGUAUCACUCGUGCGACGACCAAGCAUUCUUCUUCACGAUACGUCAAUUAUAUUGCGCAUUGUCAGACAGACGAGCCGGUUCUCACGAAUAAGUUACUUAAAUCAGUGUCGCAUAUGCGUGCAGCCUGAUACAACAAACGUGAUUCCGGCGUUAAUAGGGAUCUGAUUUGAUUUUUUUUUUGUUUUGUUUGUUUUCAACGGAAGUUUGAAACCGGGAUUUACGGAGGAGGGGGAAAUACUAUGAAUUUUAAGGCUUUCGGUGUGCGCCGUGUUUUGUUGACGGUUUAGGGUAGCACCGUCUACAUUUAACGACGCGCGUAAAUUGUGUUAUUAUUACGCGUACUAUGUUGUUUUUAAACCUUCAAUUAGUAUUAUCAUUGUAUUGCUUAUGUUGCAACAUUGGUGUUUCGGUAUUUUAAGAUAAUACUAAUUUCAUCCAAUGAUAACGCGCGUAUGUAUGUACGAAAGUGCACAUACACGCACCAUUUUUUUUCGAUAGACACAGUUUUAUGAAGUUUCAAUUAUUGAAUUAGUAUUAUUCUUUCUGUGCAGGUCGCGUUUUUAUUAAUAUAUGUUUCAAUGAUAAUUCUUUGCUAAUAUUCCGUUUAUUCAGCAAAUAUGUAUUAUUAGUAUGUUUCACUGUUUAAGUUGGUACCUUCGGUAUAUGCUACAUUCUUCGAUGUUUUUAAUUUUUCCUCAAUUUAGUUAUUACUGCGCGCGCAUAUUUCUAUAGUGCAAGUGUUCGAUGAUCACUGGAUAUACGCUGUAGUAUGCUAGAGAGACCCUCAUCUGAAAAUUGAAUACUGUGUUGCAUUUUUCAAUAUUUAGUAUAUUCGGAUCUGUUGUUGUUUUAUCUAGUAAUGCUACUGAUGCCACAACAUGCGUAUUUUUUUUCAUACGCGUCAUAUUUAAUUAUUGCAUAUUACUAUAUUUUAAUUCGUAAAUUAAUAUAACUGAUACAACGUUGUAUGCGCGUUGUCUUUGUCCAAUGUUUAAAUCUAUUGAUACGUGCAAAAUUCGUAUUCACAAUAACUGUUCAUAACAUUAACUGAAUUUUAAAUAUUAUAUUGGUGUGCGUUACAAUUUUGCUUCAAUUAUAGUAUAUCUAUCGUAUACAAAAAAAAAGUGCGCGCGCAUGUGAUUAAUACUAAACAUAUUAACGCGCAAAACAGUUUCAUUAAAAAAUAACAUCAAUUUCAACUCCUGUUGUGUAUUUUGGGAAUUGAAGCACAAACAAUAGAAAAGUUACAAAAAAAAAAAGAAAAAAAGAAAAAAAGAAAACUAUGCGUAUACACCGCAGCCAUUAGCUUUGAGAGAAUAAAAAAAAAACGUCGGCUGAUUUUUAAUGAGACGCUGCCAACGCUUUUUUUUUAAAGAAUGCGCGUGUAAGAAAGUAAAUUAUGAUUGAUGGUCUCACGAGUGUUCCACUUUUUUGCUCUGAACAGUUUCCUUUAAUUGAGACUGCAAUGCGUAUUAUAUAUCAAACGUAGACUGUACCAAUCUAAUCAAAACAGAAAAAGUGGCAAAGAGGAAUAAGAUAUGAAUGAAAUGAAAAUGAAAAAAAAAAAGGAAGAAAUAAGAAUGAAAAACUUCUUAAAGAAACUAAGCGAGGACCGCGUCGAUGCUACGGGCUAUACCUACCUCUUCCAUUAGCACCGGAGAUAGAGAAUCGACUUUUUAGUUGAAUUUUCCUUUCAGUUUAAACGUAAUGAUAGCAAGAAUGGCUUAAGUGAUUAUUCCUAAUAGAAUGCCAGCAAUAACAUGAACAACAAUCGUCGUUAACGAUGAUUGAACAUUCACUCAUGAAAUUGUAUUAAGUUUGACAAAAUCAACCAUUGCUACCAUUAUUCUUUUAGGAUACGUAACGUUAAUUACCAGUUAUCGAUGUGUUCAGCUACAUUAUUUGAGUCUCGACGAAUAUUUAAACAUUAGCGAUUCGACUAAAAACCGAUUCUUUAUCGACAAAUGCCCAGAAACCUUUAAAAAAAAAAAGGGGGUAGUAUAUCGGGGUCCGAGUUCUUGCGACGACAACAAAAACGAUACCAAAUGUUAUCGCAAUAACGUAAAUUUUAUUCUAUAUUAAAUCUAAAUGCCACCUGUCGUGCCAAUGUCCAGCGUGUCUCUUUACCAUUUACUAAUUAUAGAGUUAUAACGAAUAUGGCAAUUCGAUGUUUUUUCUCUAGCUAUCUUUGUCUGCCUGCCUAUCUGUGUGUCUGUCUCUAUCUUUCUCUAUUCUUUAUAAAGUGACUGGUAUUGAGGAGAAAUAAUUAUACCACUUCCCAUUGGUUGAUAUAAAUAAGAUAUUAUUAUCGGAAACGAUUCAUGCAUAUAUGUCUUAACAUCACGAUGAAAUUCUAAACGAAACUUUUCCUUUCGCGAAAACGUUUCGAAUUUUCGAGUCGAAGGUUUUAGUGACGAAAAGAAUUCAUUUUUAGAACCAUUUCAAUUUUUUUCUUUUUUCGUAUGUUUCUUUUUUUUGUACUUCUACAAUUAGAAGUGUUAUCAGCAUGCGACAAAGAUUGUUCUUUCGUUCCGGUUUAAAUCCAGUCGGUACAGUGAAUCUAGUACAAUUAUAUUAGCUUUUUCGAUUGUUGGUUGUACAAGAUGUGAAAUAUACUUCCACGUAAUGUAAUUGAAUUUCUCACGCACCAGAAAAUAAGAGAAAGUUAACUGUCUUGUAUAUUUACUGCGGUGAUCUUUUGUGCUAUCGAAGGAGCGAAUCACAAUAUAGUUGUAAUUUUUAUUAGCGCCACGCAGAUAUUUUUUAACGAAUGAAGAAAGUUAUACUAACUUCUCCCUGUAACAGGUGACAGCUUAGUACCAUAUAACGCAGUACAUAUAACGAGUAUUAUGUUUAGGUUUAAAUUCGGUCCUAUUGGACUAAUUGCUUUUUCUAUGAAUAGCUUUCGUUAUCUAUUGUUGAGAAAUGGUAUGUUCUACGUCACUACGAUUUAAUUCUGAUUAAAUUAAUUAUUUAAAAAGAGCGAUACGGAAUUAAUCUCGAAAAUUCGAUGGAAUGAUCAAGACAAAAAAAAGAAACAAAGACAUUGAUGAUAGCGUAACUUUUUCUAAUUGGACCAUUGGGAGGGAGGUUCGAUGUUAAUAAGAAAAAAAAAAAAAGAAAGAGGUGAAAAUGAGAUGUAGGAUUGAGGAUUAGGCGAAGCCUUAUGAAGUCUCAUCACCUCCUCCCCCUCCGUUGUGUGCGUGUGUGUACAUGGACGAUUUAUGCGGCAUCUUGUGCAUACAUGCAUAUGUGUAUAUGCGUCUGUCUGCGUGCAUGUGUGCGUGUAUGUGUAUGAUUUCAACGUCAAAGUACCUGAAUGGACUGAUAACCAUACCGAUGAAAAAAAAAAGUGUUUAUUCAUUGCACAAUAUCUUUUUUCUAAUGUUUUGAAGUACAUCGUAACGCCCUCAGGCCUGCAGUCUUGUUUAAUCCCAAGACUGACGCUCUUUUUCACAAUUUGCCAUUAAGCGGAUAAACGAAUUUGACGAUAACAAAAAAAAAAGAAAAAGAAGCGUGAAACUUUAAUCUUCGAACCGCGUCAUCGAGUGUCGAUGCAAUUCAAAAUUUGUUACGUUUCAACCGGGGAUUUGACUUAUUCAGGGCUGAUUACCGUUUGGGUAUUAACGAGUUCGAAUCGUUGCGUGCAUUCUGGAGUUUACUCAUACGUAAAAGUUACCGUGACUAGACAAAUUUCAGUCAUUAACGCUUGAUAAGUAAUCAAAUCGUUGGGAAGCUAAUUUUCUUAAAAUCCGAGAAAUGAGGUUACCACGUAAUAGCUAAUAUAAAUGAAGGGAUCAAAAAACGAAAAAAUGGAUUUUGAUGAAUUUCGUACCGGGGGAGUCGUCUGAAAAAGAAAAAGAUUAAAAAUGGAUUGAAUUCUUUGAAAUCAAAAGCUUGGGAAACGUGUAUGUUUAGAAUUUCCGUAAUUAUUAAAAAAGAAAAAAAAAAAGUUAUAGGAUGUAAUGAAUAUAUGUAUACUCUUUAGUAGGUGGGAAAUUAUUGGUACAUGUGUAAGUAGAUAGAAAAGUACUUAAAAUAUAAAAAAAUUCUCAGUCGUAAGUUUGGAAACCAAAGAAAGUCGACACUAGAAAACAUUUUUUACCAAUUAACUAUUGACGUUGGUAAUAAAAGUAAAUGCUGUACGGACCGAGAGAUCGUAUGAUAUAGACUGACCUACGUAUUCAGUCAUAAAUAUUAGAUAUUUUUUUUUUAUUUCAUUUUUCUUUCUAAUUUUUUUUUUUUUUAAGUAAAGGCUUACACGUUUAUAAUACGCCAGAAGCAAUAUCGUCUUUAUCGUUCGAUGUUUUCAUUCUAAUCUUUGUUAUUGAAAAAAGAAAAAGAAAAAAUCUUUCGAGGAAGAUAGAAAUUCGAUAAUCGAACUUUGCACGACAUUACUGAAGACAGAUGAAAUUAAUCGAGAUAGGAUGUACACCUAACAAUGCCCGUUUUUGUAAUAUUUUGAAAGACGCUUAUUAAUAUUUUAUGUACUAUUUAAUAUCACUGCUAAUGACGUUAAUGUAAUAGUUGGUGUAAUAGUAUUCACUUACAAAAACAACUUGUUUAGAAGGCUCGAAAAAAGCUAAUUAAGUAGAUCGUAUAAACUUCAAAAUAUACGUGAUAUAUAUAUCACGUAUUUGUGUAAAAAAGGGAAAAAAGCAAAAAAAAAAAAAGAAAAGGUAAUCGAAAACGGAAAAAAGUAUUGGAGCUUCGUUGUAGCUAUCCCAAAAGACUUCCAUCGAGUGUAACGCGUGUUGGUACUGUGUUAUUCCAAUUGCGAGUAGUUAGUUAGAAGAGAAAUCUAAAAAAAGAAAAAAAUACCUUUCUAAGAGUCUAUUCAAACUUAAACAAACAAAAAAAUGCAUUUGCCUUAGUUCGUUUCCUCGAUACUACGUUUACUCUGAUUAUACCUGAAGACUAACUGUAUUUAGAGAGAGAUGUACUGUUGUUUUUUUUUUUCGCAACUUAUAUUCCUAGAUAAAUAAGUUUUCUCGUAUUUCUUCACUUUUUUUUUUUAAUUAAGUACUUCAUCGAAUUUCGAUAACAUAAUUUACGAGAUCCUUUUCUUUUCUUUAAUAUCUAGUGCUUGAUAAAAGCUGCCUCUUUGUAACUCAUCGAAAAUUAGGCGACGAUAAGACCGUUGUAUCCAGAUGAUAUUUUCGGGUUCGCGUCGCGGAGCCGUCGAUAAAAAAAAUAAAUACUGCACGUAAUAACAAUAUUACUACUAAAUAGUAAGAGUAACAACAAUAGUCAUGACGAUAAUAAUUUGUUUAACGAGUAUUUAAUAAUAGAGGCGUCUGUCUGAACCGAAAUAAGGAUUACCGGUAGCAGUUGCAAUAAAAGUUGAUAACGAGUAAUAGUAUUAGUAGCAGCGGCAACUAUGAUAGUAAUAACAGUAAGGAGAUAUAUAUAUGUCAUCGUCAUAUCAUCACCCCAGCUUCCUCGUCUCUCUACGGUAUGUCGGAAUCUGGAAUAAUGACCCUUACGCUGUCACCUGCCUGUGUAGUUGUCGAAGACAGUAGCGACAGGUACUCCGCGAUUGGCUCGUGAACGGUGUGAUUAACACUUUACCGACCGGUAGCGGUUCAAGAUCCUAUGCCCUUCUCACCGGCCGCUCGGCAGCAUAUUUUCCCUGGCACCGGGAAUUUGAUAAAAAUACGAGAGCUCACAGAGCAAAGCAACUUGUAUCUCAAUUCAAAGUAACAAGUACUUGCUAGUUACCAUAGCAGUUACCGGUCGGUGAGCGUUGGGGACAAGAAACCGAUUAAUCGGCUACCGGUCGGUGAGCGUUGGAGAUAAAAAGCCGAUUAAUCGGCUACCGGGUCGGUGAGCGUUGGAGACAAAAAGCCAAUUAAUUGGCUACCGGUCGGUAAAAUGUUAAAAAACCCACGAACGUGUCACCUUCGCUCUCUUUAUUCUCAUUUGUCUCUAAAUCGAGGAGAGUAGCGUUUAGCAGAGUGGUAGCCGAUUAAUCGACUUUACCGGUCGGUAAAGUGUUAAGAAACACACGAACGUGUCACCUUCGCUCUCUUUAUUCUCAUUUAUCUUUAAAUCGAGGAGAGUAGGGUUUAGCAGAGUGGUAGAGUAACGCAGGAAUACACGCAGUAAGGCAUUUUUCUCGCCAACCGCUCGUCCGCAGUUCGUAGAUCCCAAUACGCUCGAUCAAUAAAGGGAAUGUUGACAGAUCGAUGCUGUGUCCGAAAUUCUGAGUGAUUGGAAUAGAUCCGUUUAUAGGGCCAACGGAAUAUAAAUCCUUCGCUGGGGAGGUGGUUCACUACGCGCCUUAAACUUAGACACAUUCAGUGGUUGUUCGGCUUCUGGUUCGAUAAAUGCACGUGUAGAGCUGGCUUCGCGGUCACGAUUACGCCAUGUCUCGAGACGUGAUUGAUUGCGCUUUACUCUGCCGGCUGUCUUUGUUCGUCGUUGCAACUUAAUCUCAUAAUAUUGGGCCUCUCGCGCCGGAUCGGCAUCAGACAACCUUCUCGAGGGAACUUUCUUGGACUCGUAGAACUCCCACGUUCGCUGAUAGUCGUUUCUUCGUCACGGAAUCGCUCGUCGGUCAUUGUUACGAGUCUCUGAUUAUUUACUCAUAAAAAACGACUUAAAACGUAGUUGUAUAUCGGUGGUCGGGUGUCAUCUGUGCUUGUGCGCGUGUUAUUUAUUAAUCGUAGAAAUAACAGCUAUAAAAGAAAGGUAGCAGUGCCGUCGGCAAUGUUAGUAAUAGCGGCAAUAUUGUUUAAUGUGAUAAUAGUAUUAACGAUGGUAUUACCACUAUUACUACUAUUGCUUUAGCCGCUGCUACAGUCAUUAUUAUUGUGAUUCUCAUUGUAACUAGACACACGCACACAACGUGUUUUUAUUUUUCUCUUUUCUUUGGGUAUUACCGUAGCUGCUAUUCCUAUCGUUCCUUAACGUUUGUUAUUGUUACUACUACUACUACUACUACCGCUGCUGCUAUUAUUUCUACUAAUGCUAUCAUUACUAUUACUACCACUGUUAUUAUUAACGAAUAUUCACUACCGAUACCGCCGGUGUUGCUACUGUUUUUGCUGCCCCCCAAAACUGGUACUACCAACGCCACUCGUCGCUGUCGACGUGAUUCUCGUUCUCGCAACUAUCAUUACCAUUAGUUUAUUAUUUACGAUAGUAGUAUAUCAUUACCGUUAUUAUUACUAUUAUUAUAAGUGCAAUUAUUGUUACUGCUACCACUACUAUUACUACUAAUUAAUAGCGAAGAAGAAGAAUAAAAGAAAAAGUGGAAGUUAUUCUACAACUGUCGGUGCUGUUUAAUUGCCACUGCUGUUAUUAUCAGUAUCGCCCACUGGUAAUCGCUGCACUUCGUUCGUGGUUAUUAAAUACGACCAUAUUUAUAGAAUUACUAGUAUCGCCGCCCGCCGCCUGUUGCUGCUCACGGGUGAUAACGUAAGGCGAUAGUGAUACUGACAGUAGCUGUGCGAAAAACGAUAAUAGUGGAUAAGCAUCAUCAGUGGCUAUAGUCACGUUAAUAUUAGAUCGAAUAGGAUUAACCAUGGUAGUAGUAAUAAGGCUGCUUAUCGUAAUAUAAAUCGUGUGAAUGGAACAUAUGAACGUUACUGAAUUACAAUAUCCAUAACCAAUAAUCCGUAAAAAACAAUAAUAAGGUGAUGAUCAUGAUAACGAUAAUAAUAGUAAUAACGAGUAUAAUAUUAAUACUUAUAAUUACGGAUAGUAGUAGUAGUGAUAGUAGUAGUACACUUGUGAUUACGAGGGUACCGACGACAGCGAUGUACCGUGGCGUUUAUCGAUAAAGGCAACAAGGCUUCGUAAGAGUAGGUAAUAAUAGUAUUAAUAGUGACGAAUCAUAAAUAAAUAUUAUCGAUUAAUAUACGAGCAAAGGUCUGAGGGCGUUCUGGGCAUAGUAAUGUACUUCAUUUGCGUUCCGCGUGGGUGGAACAUAAAUGUAUAUUACAAAGGGAAAAACUAAAUUUAUACGAGCGCUGGUACUUCCAACGACAAUGUUCUCCUUUUGUCAUUUGAGAUAAAAAGAAAAUGGGAAAAAAAAAUCAUAAGAAAAACAAUCCAUUGUCCUUCGUUGUGGGGGAUAGACGGCAGCACACUCCAAGCAUAAUCGAAGUAUGCUUGUAAUUGUAAUCGUUUAAUAAGCUAAGCUAAACAAAAUAUAUGAAGUACAUAUACGAAAUAUUUACGACACUGAGGGCUAAGUAUGUAUAGUUUUAUCGUAUAAUUUAAAGACUUUCUGGGGUAAUGGAUUCUCAGUUGGAAUUUUUUUUCGGAAUCGUUUCUCGUUUAUAAACGGUCGAAAUUUUAAUAUGUUCUUUUCAUUUGUUAAACAAUUUUAAUUAUCGAAAAAUAUACAAAGAAAAAGAGAAAAUUGUCUUCUUAUGUCGAAAGUAUCGAUUCAUUUUUGGCAACAUUUACAAGUGUCGCAUUUUCAAUUACCAGUUUUAUUUCAUCGCAAAUCCUGUUCAUAAGGAAAUUGCAUUUAGAAAUCCAAGUAAUUGUUAGUCGCCCCCUAAAUGCCUCAACGAAUUUUAAUCAUUGAAUGUUACUAUUUAUUUAGAAAUUCGAGAAUAUUCCAGCAUACUUUGCCUUUUCUUAAAACUUUGUCUAUUGCAAUGAGAAACCUUUUGGACAAGAGUUAUUAGGAUCUGUUUUGAAACUCUCAAACAAUGGAACGAAGAUCCAUAAUCUCACGGUUAGAAGAACUGAUGUAUAUUGUAUUUUACCCGAAAACGUCGACAAGGAAGGUACAAGUAGGAACAACUAAUCAUAGUGUAAUAGUCAUUCUCCUCAGUGUUGUUAAUUACCAUGAAAAACGCAAGUCUAAGAUACUAGCAAAUCGAUAUGAUGCAUCUUUGAAAAAAAAAGCAAAUCAGCCACACGUUAGUCAUACUGUAAUUUUUUUGUGCGCAUGCGCAAAACUACGUGUCCACGACCCCUACUCUUUGCACUGUAGACUUAGGAAUAUAGGGGCGGGGUGUAAGAUUAGUUCGUAGGGGAGAGGGAAGUAACGCCUACUCGAGGGCGUGACCAAAAUUGUUCUUAAGUUUGAUUGGCCGCAUUUUCACGUAUACUCCGUACCGCCUAAGACGAAUAUAUAUCUAUAUAUAUUAACUAUAAAUUAAUACAGAUGUUUAAGUUGAUACUAAAAAAGUGAUUACUCGUGAAUUUAAAGUUUGAAUAUAAUGAUAAUUCAAGAGAUAUACGCACCUUCGAUUAUUAGAACGUAUGAGAUGAAUGAAAUAUAUAUACAAAUAAUGAAAUAUAUUCUAGAAAUAUACACAAUGAUUUCGAACAUAAUAAAAUACGCUUAAUACAUAUUAAAUCUAAGUUUCGCUUUAUUACUUCCACUAUUUUUUUUCUAAUUUUUGCGCGCCAUUUUUCACAGUGCACAGUUCAAACACCUUUACCUUAUACUUUAGAUUAACCACCUUCGCCAAGUAUCAAUUAUAAAAAAAAAAAAAAACUAGCAGUCGUCGAUAAAAAUUAAAUUUCGAAUCGAUAUCCGUUUUAACAAUUGAAGAAUCAUAUUUACCUUCGAGUACCGUUAAAUUCAAAAUUUACAGAUAUGUAAUCACUUUUAGAAUAUUAACGUUAUAUAUUAAUCUGUGUUAAAUAGUAUCUCGUAACCAACAGUGCUGGAGCAUGCGUAGAAACGCAGUUAAUCGCAUUCAAGCACAAUUUACUUCAAGCCCCUCCUUCAAGACCCCCUCUCCGUGUGACGAUACGCCCCCUUCCCGUGUCCACGAUCGGUACAGUACAUUCAUUCGUCUCCCACUUUUUCAAACCGCCCACUGCCCCUCCUCCGUCUACCCUAGCCGCGUGAAAUAGGCGCGAGUGUCUUUUAUUGCACUUAUUGUCUGUAUUCUUUGAAAACUUACACGAACGAAGGCAGUUUUACUAGGAAAUUCUUAAUAUUGUUUUUUUUUUUAAUUUUUUUUAAUUUAAACUAUAAUGUCGUAUUCACGCAAUAUCACGUAGGGCUGUUUUAUCAAAUUGAUUACAAUCAUUUGUUUUUAUAUAUGGCGUAAUACUUCAGGAUAAUCUGUAGAGUUUUUUGAAAGUUUAUUUAUUAUUUGCUCUUUCAAUGUAGAAAAUGAUAAAGAAAAUGUGGUUACAUCCUAAAGUUCAUUUUUUAAGACUGUAAUACCACGUUGUAAGUUUUUAAAUCGUGCAGGGAAAUGUUCGUACAAUGAACCUCUUUAAGAGGCGCUGUACGCCUCUUAAGAGGUCAAAGAGCUCGAUAUCCCCUCCACUCGCCUUUUUCAACUCCAUCGUGGCGUCGAGCGAGCAAUUUCGAGAAGUGGUGGGGAUAACCGUGCGCCUCUUAGACAGGAUUUAUUGUAUCAUUUCUUCUCCUAAACGGUUUCUGCAUGAAAACUAUUCUACUUGUAAUUCUUUUGCUACUUCUAAAAACGUCUUCCUGUUUGUUUCUAAAUUUAGUACGUCAAUGCGAAAUGAACAAAAACAAGUACAAAACGACAGUGGAGGCAGACGUUCAAAGUGCCUAUCACGAUGCAAUUUUUGUAUGUACAAAACGGAAAUAAUGUCGGAACCAAGAUAACUCUAACCGAUAUCUUGUCGCUUGUUUAUAUGACUCCUUAAUUUAUUAAUUACGUGGCAAUUGUUUUUCCUCUCUCAAAUUAGUUCUAAACGUUUUUAUGUAUGAAGCACUUGAAUCGAAAUAUUAUCACGACUAAACAAUUUUUAUUUCGUCCCAAGCAAACUGUGUUUACGAUCGAGGAUGAAUUAGGGGAGCAAAUAGAAAAGUUUUAAACGAGUACAGCCAAUAGGUAACGCAAAUUCGUAUUUUCCAAUUGGUGUCACGAAUUUUUCUGUUUUUUUUUUUUUCUGUACAUUGUGUUUUAUAUUUGUAUAGGCACGUGUAUAGACACGUGCUGCUAUAAUCAAAACGUUAUUAAUCAGUUUCAACACCGAAUUCAAGAAACUCGGUCCGUGAGCAGAUCGAAACCAGGAUUCCCUAUUGGCAACUAGAUUUGCACUAAAUUCACCAGCAUCCAAUAUCAGAAGAUCGGUUCCCCCACAAGAUUUAGACAAGCCUUUGAGCCUAUCCAAACACCGGUCAUCUUUAAUAUUUCCCCUAUCUAAGUGGUCCUCUUCGAUGCCUCUUAUUAUCCGUAAAUUACUCUGCAUUGUAGUAAUCCUCGGAUCUAGGAUCCUAUGCCUUUUCUCAUGGAGUGUACUUGCUAUAUACUGUCUGGGCUUUCUCCGUCUUAUCUUUGUUGCUAAAAAUUCAGCAAAGCCACCGUAGCCGCAAGUUGGAUCUAGAUAUACUUUUGCAUCCUCCCAAAAGUCAGGAUCUGCCUCCCAGAGUUGUUGCAUUUUCAUCCCUGCACGAGAUACGAAACUCCCAAAAUCAUCCGUGCUUCUCUUCGGUAGUAAUACUCUGCCUGAACUCAAGUUUUUCCCAACGCUGAUAUCCUAUCUUUGAACCAAGUGCAUUGUUUUUUACGCUUAGCCUCUCCAAAUCCCUGAUUCUAAUAUCAGUUUGAUGUAUUUUGGUUCGAUUUCUAUCUCUUGAAAUGAAAUGAAAUGAAAUGAAAUGAAAUGAACAACCAAGUCCAUCUAGGUCUCUGUUUCAAGAUGACCGAGUCCCAUCCUACGUUAUUCUACGGUGGGUUAGGCCUGGGUUAGGUUGCGUUUUAAAAUCCGCAUUUCACUUACGUACUUUCAGCGCAUGCGUACACGCGCACUAGUGGAAUAAUUGAAAACAUAUUGUUAGCUUUUCCCUUUCGGGUGUUCGAUUGUUUUUCCUCUUUUUUUCAUGGGCAUAAAUGCGUGUGCAUUUGGGGCAUGUGCCAUUAUUAAUUUGAUAAUGAAUAAAGAAAUGAAAUUUGCGUCGGUGUUAAGGAGAGAAUAUUUCAACGAUUUACUAAUAUAUUAACUGCGCUAACGAGAUAACGUUAGUCGGAGCUUGCUAAUUCGAGGAUAUAACGAAUGUGUCUUUGUAGAACAAAAAAAAAAAAACAAAGUAACGAAUACCUUUAUUUAUUGUAGUAGAACGAUAUAUGACGAUUAUAGUUAACGAUUAAUUUAUAUAUUUCCGUGUAAUUAGUGUGUAACCGUUUUAGUACUGUUUUUAGAAUAUUAUUUUUAUAAUUGUAAAUUCGAUUCUCCAAGUCACUAAAUUUAAUAGUAUACAGUUUUAGAGAUUAGUAAUGUUUGAAAUAAUUUUAUGGUGGUUGACGACUAAACGGUCGACGCAGGAAAAAAUAAAAUAGAUAAGUAGUUUUAUGUUUGAUUUUUUUUUCUCUUUUUUGUUAUAACAUGUCCAGAAUAGCGAUGGACUAAUGUGAGACUAUUAAACGCCGUUGUAAACAUUCGCCUUUAAUUAAUUCGUUCGCGUAACUAAAGUUUCCAUAUAUGCUCAAUGGGAUGCAAUUGUGUUAGUAAUAAUAUUACUCGUAUAUAGUCUGACGGUUUUAAUUGUAACGCAGUAUUAUUUAAUAAUUGCGAACGGGUGUGUUCAAACUUUAAUUGUUUUUUUUUUCUCUCUUCUAUCAAGUUUAUUAUUCCUUGUAAGCGUUGUUAAAUCAUGAUUCCUACGUUCACGGUACUUAGUUCAAAUUUCAGAAGCGAACAUGCAACAGAUUUGCACGCCUUGCUUAUCUCCCUUUUCGCGAAAUUGUUGAACAUGCGAGAAUUUUUAAGUGAUUUAAAAAGAAACACGGAAAGUACCGCAGUACACCGCAUAUUGUAAAUUGAUUUUAAAAUGAAAUCGUAAAAAUACUAUAUCAACAUUGAGGUUUUAAUGAAAUUUUCGUGUGAUCUUAGGGCCUAAUUUCAAAUAAAACCUUUUGAAAGAAAUAUUCAGAAAAAUUAAUUAAAACUAAAAAAAAAAAGAAGAAAAAGAAAGAAAUGAUUUUUGAAAUAUGUAAGAUGUAAAAUAGAAUAUAAAAGAAUGUUCAAAUUUCCACCGAAAUUAAAUGACCUUAGCAGACAAUUCUGUGUCUAUGUUUGGUGGUUCUAUACAUUUGUAAACGUUGUCCAACAAGCAAUUUUCAAUCAAAUGACUUUUCCUAUAAAUAUAAUAUAUUUUUCAUUCAUUAGUUGAAUUGCUGUGAUUAAAUUUCACGUGUACAAAGACUUGCUGAUGUGUACAUUUCAAUUUUUAUGAAUAUGUAAUUUACAGACUAUGAGUGCGUUUAUACGAUCUGAAUUUACAUCGGAGCUUCUAAUAUUGGGAUACUACUAUAAUUUUGGUUUCUAAGUAUUUAUAUUUGAAAUAAAUAUAAGACUUAGAAGUCAUAAUUAUUGACUGUACAUCGACUUUAGUAUUUCAGUAUAAACCUGGAACCGCGUAAACGCAGUUUAUAAGAGGUGGUUCGUUAUUGAUUAUAUUUAUUGGCUCCAUGCCGAAAACAGAUCAACGACACAGAAUAACGUUUUUUGUAAACAGCCGUAAUGGCUUCGAAAAAAGUCUUCGCGUGCGUCACGUCGUGGAAAAGUUAUGAAAAAUUUUCGUUAUAAGCUCCUUCUCGUUUGCUGACGUUGCAUUUUUGUGUAAAUAAUAACGAAGCACCCGUCUUAUGAAUUACGUUUAGACAAAUUUCAAUGGAAUCUUUGCGCACAUUCGACAAGCUAAUUGAAUUAAUGCAGUAGACUUUUGUAAAGCGGGAUCUUUCAAAAUAAUUGUAAAUGUACAAAUAUUUAUUAAAAAUACAGAGUGAAUCUUUCGAAUGGGAAUACCUGAAUAUUAUCGUUUAUGGUUGACUAAAGAAACUGUCUAGAAAAACCAUUGAAUUAUUCCAAAAGAUAAGUACAGCUAUAAUAAGAAAUAAUAAUAAUAUAAUAUAUUUUUUUGUUUAAUUGUAUUGCGCGGGAGGAGAUAUUUCUUUCUCAUUAUGUAAAAGUAUCGGGAGAAAAGUUUCCAAAAACACAUACUUCGCGAGAUACUUUAAUAUUAUUAACUCUCUAUGGAACUUUUUUUCUACAAAAUUGAUCUUCGACAAAAUGUUCGCCAUGAAGACGCGAUCGCGCCACUCUGACCACACCAUUAAUCGCCAUUAGGAUGGCGGUACCACGAUGCACGGUAGUCACUACUUCUCGUCUAUUACCUUCACUUCCUACGAAAAACUUAAUAGUAGCCCUCAAGCUCUUCAUAGCCACGAAUGAAUGUUCGUAAAUGUAGAGGGCGGGAGAAUGGCCGUCAGCUGUGGGAUCAUCAUGAUCCAGGAUCUUCUAAUUUAGAUCGACAUCCUGAGCUAGCGUAACUUCACGGUCGCUGUAUUCGAAGUUAACCAUCGAGUACUGAUACGAUACAUCGAAGUCUACAAAAAGCCCUUUCUCGAAACACGAAUUACACGUGUCUCUAGUAAACCACGUGCAGAGAUUUGAGAGAUGAGUCAAACCAGUCUGCAGGUCGCUGAACACUAUGGCGCAUAGCGCGAAUAUGAAUAGCUUCGUAUUCUUUGUCUUGCGGUACUGGAGCUAAUGUAUUAAACACAGGGCGUACAAGCCUUGGCCUAAUGUUCGGAAGGUGAAUAUUCCAGGUACAUGCCGCCUGAAUAUUCGCAUCUCAUUAUCAGUCAUUUUACGGUUGAGAUAAACGUUCAGCCUAUCUCCGAAGUCAUGGAGUGCUAAUUGGUUCGCUACGAAUUCACGAGGAAAAGUUCUGGACAACAUCCUGUUGGACUCAUCUUCAUUCCUCCUCCAGAGCUUUCUCAUAUGUCUUCCCACUAGCGAGUACCGAAGCAAAAUGGAAUCAGCUUCGGGAAAUAGUUCGUCAGAUAUCGCCAUACUAUUCACCGAUCCAGUUCUAUUGACUAUCAAGGUGAAUUUGCUGAAGUCGUUUUCCCUUCAUAUAAGAGAUCAUUUUCUAUAUCUGAAUUAUCGUCAAACUGAAUUUGUCUGUUGAUAACUGGUAGAUCCGGAACCUUAUCCUUACGGUUAAGCACGGGCCUUAGAAAAAACAUGGCGUCAUUGCCACUUUCGGAGUAGUCGUGAAAAGCAACACGAGGGUAUCGCUUAGGAGAUACAUUGGCUAUAAUCUCUUCUUUCGGUAACAAAGGACUCGUUAUCCCUACAGGCUCUGGUUGGGACGGUAUUGCUCUAGGCUCAGCCGAUCGCGUCUCCACGGAAACGAGAUCGGAUGCGGCCACUGAAACAGCGCAUUUGCGUGACACGUAGCUCUGGGCUGGAAAUCACAUUUUCCUUUCUAUUCUGCCAAAUAGAACUGGUAUUGGGGCCCUCCACCGAGCUUCAAACCUUUGAUUAUUUUUACCUUCUUCGAUAGAAUGUUUUCCGAUUACCAUUUUCGAAUCUUUUAAGAAAUUUCAUUUUAUCCAGGACAGUUUCUUUUGUUCAUAUUCACAAUUGAAAGUAUUUAGGUGUUCCCCAUUCGAAUGGUACAUCUUGUACACGCAACCAUCGAUUUCCUUGGAGUUCGCGUAAAGUUCGAAAUGAUUUCUGCUUUCGGGAGAGUCACGUAAGCGCGUGUGUACAAACUUAGGACCGUUCACGAAACCGUUUGCCAUGCGCUGAUUUCAUCGUUGACGAUCGGAGAAGGGUGAUAUAUUUCGUUAAGGAGAGUCGUUAGAAUAUUAUUUGUUAAAUUUAAAGAGUAUACCCCUUGUGCACACGCUUCAAAGAGAAAAACAUUCCGAAAGGUAAAAAAAUGGAAAACGAAAAAUGAAAAAAAAAAAAUAAAGAAUAGAUAACGUACAGUUACGAUAAGGCUUUUAAACAUUUGGGAAAAUGUCACGUUCUUGUGAGAAAUGGUUAAAAUAGUGAAACACGGGAACACGUGUGUCGCACGCGAGCACACACACACCCCUUACAAUGCAUUAAUUAUAUAUUAAUAAAAUUAGGUAUAAAAUAAAUGAACAAGCUCUUAGAACGUACAUCAUCUAUCUCUAUAUAUAUAUAUAUAUAUACAUAUGCGUAUAACUGAAAUAUAAAUAUAGAUAUAUAUAUAUAUACAUAUAUAUAUAAAUAUAUAUAUUAUAUAUAUAUAUAAACACUCACACACGACAUGUGUUAUAUAAUAUUAUUAUACAUUAUCGGUAAGCAGUUCGGAAGUGAACAUUAAUUGAUAAGGUUUAAUCUAAUUAUUGUAAAAGAUUAUUAAUGAUUAAUGCAACAAAGUGGACUAAUUCGUGAAUAACCUCUAUUCCUAACGAGAAUGAAGAAGGGAGGAGUAAAAAAAAAAGAUUAAUUUUAAACAGAUUAACUAGCAACUAAAAUAAUAAUUAAUAGCGAAAUAAAUAAUAGGUGUUAACAGUAAUAAUUGUCGUAAUGUUGGGUUUAAGAACGCGACGUAAAUACUAAUACACAAUAAAAUAGAGAACCGGUACGAAAUAAUAGAUAUAAACGAUAGUUAUUAAACAUUUUUGCGGAUUACUUCGCUGGACUAAAUGGUAAUCAAGAGAUAUAUUCACAAGUAGCGUAGCAUUCUAAUGACUUUGAUGACGAAACUUAGGUUUAGAUUUCGAAGAAAAGAGAGAAAAAGAUGAGAAAACGAAAAAAAAAAAGAAAAUUCGAAGGACGAUUAUAUUGCUAUUUGUGUGUAUGCGCACGCGCGUGUGGUGUGUAUGCGUGUGUGCGGAGAGGGGGGGGGGGGGGAGUUGAUCACGACGGUUGUAAACGAAUUUUUGUUUUUACCUUGUAUACUUAAAUGUUGUUCAACAAUUUCUCACCGAUGAAUUUUCUCUGGAACAUUUUUCUUUUAUCGGAAAUAAGUUUGCAAAUAAUAAUAAUUGCGGAGCAAUCGCAAAUUGCUCGAAGCAGAUGACAUUAUUGACUCUUACGGUCCUACGUCGGGUCAAAUCCGACAAAAGUAUAACGAAAUAUCGAAUCUGGAAAAUAAGGGUCGAUAUUCGACGGCUCAAGGGCACAUUGUGUUUUUUAAUCUCAACCUUUACGAUUUUUCGUAAUUCCGCGUGUCAAUUUAGUAUAAAAUUCGAACUUUAGAGUAAAACUUGGACUUUAAAAUAAAGAAACACGUUCGUUUCUUUCGUUUAAAGAAAUUUUCAUCGAUUUUCCGGAAAAUCACUCCACCAGUUUUAUUCGAUUUUUCUUGGCGUUAGUUUUAUUUAAGGGAGACGCGAUUCGAGUGUUUCUCGGCUGUUUUCAACGUGAAAGAUACGAUACUUGUUCUUUUUGGAUCAUUUUUCGCGAAACAUAUCCUGCUCUGUUGACGAUCAACGACACAUGAUUUUUCAUACUCCUGUCAUAUGGUAUUUUAAUUUUUUUUUUAUUUUUUUUUUUUACGUAAAAAGGAUGGAAACUUUUCAACGUCACACAUAUCAGAAUCUACCAAACAACGAAAACUAUUUAUUUAUUUAACCUCGGUUCCUCUCAAGGACACGAGUAAAUUGUUUAAGUAACGUCCUACAACUCGAUUGAAAUUCCCAAAGGGGGAGAAACACUUCCCUGUUUCCUUUUUGGUGAGAAAAAAGUCCAGAAAGAAUUCAAAGUGGAAAAACUUAGGGUAUUCGAAUGGAUGCGUGUAUCGAGUAUACACAUCACAUAAAUAUAAGGAAUCGCGCGCGCGCGCGCGCGGAAUGAUGUCCUGUUUAUCACGAGUCUCUUGAAUGGAUCCAUCGCUUCCGAAUAUACGGAUAUAAACGGACAAAAUUUAUUUGCCGCGCUUUCCUGUUAUCGAGACCCGUUCAAAAAGUUUAAUUGUUAAAAAUCAUCGUUAGACUGCGAAUUCUGUGCAUUCUGUUUAUUUAUAACUAAACGUAAUCAAGAGGUAUGUGUACUCGCGCAAAUACGAAAUAUUAAAUUAUGAUAUUAAUUAACA